GGCUGACAGGGCGGAGCGGGAGAGAUGGCCUCUUCCAUGGUCAGAGCCACCGUUCGGGCCGUGAGCAAGAGGAAGAUUCAGGCCACUAGAGCCGCGCUCACACUGACCCCAUCUGCUGUGCAGAAGAUAAAACAACUGCUUAAAGACAAACCUGACCAUGUAGGCGUUAAAGUUGGUGUCCGUACAAGAGGCUGUAAUGGACUUUCUUAUACACUAGAAUACACAAAAUCAAAGGGGGACUCUGAUGAGGAAGUAGUACAGGAUGGUGUUAGAGUGUUUAUUGAAAAGAAAGCGCAACUCACACUUCUAGGAACUGAAAUGGACUAUAUAGAAGACAAACUGUCCAGUGAAUUUGUUUUCAAUAACCCAAACAUCAAAGGAACGUGUGGUUGUGGUGAAAGCUUUAACAUUUAAAACAUCAGGACUGUUAACUUUUAAGACCACAAAACUGCUUUCUGAAGUAAUCACUCAGUGUGUGUGUUUUAACAUCUUUAGGCUUUGUAAUAUACAGCUGCCUUUCCAGGAGAAUAAAAGUACUGUGUUUUGAAAGUGUAAUCUGUGUGUUAAAUUCUAGCCCUUUCAUAUUUUGGGUUUAAGAGUGUGGAGAGGAAUUGGUCUGCAGAAGUUCAGAACACUUAGGUUUACUGUAAGAUACCUCUUCAAAUUUCAAUCUGCAAAAAGCUCCUGUCAGUUCUUUGCAAGACUGAAAAAUAUUGUAUUAAGGCCAUAUGGCUACUUUUUAAAAUCUUGGAUUGGAAGGAAUUCCAGUACUGUAGGCCUAACAUUAAUGCAUGAUUUAAGGCAAAAAUAAUCCUACCAUGUACUAGAAUUUUACAAAGUAUUUUUAGUACUUUCUCUUCAAAUGUUAAGUGUGAAUUUUGAGGGGCAUAUGAUCUAAUAGAGUUGAGGUGAGUCACAGUGUAAUCCUAACAACAUCUACUUUGAAGUAAGUCCUCUUGAAUUCAAUGGGACUUACUCCCAAGUAAGUAGGGUUAGGAUUGCAAUCUAAUCUGGAUUUCAGACAUCAUACACAUGCAGAUAUUCUGCCCCCUCUUCUCUCCUACAUACUAUGUUAUUAAUGCCUAAGAGGCAUUAAUAAUUUUUGGUUGCCACUAGGAAAGUCACUAAUAUUUUAAGGAACAAUGUAGUCACUGUGAUUUUAAAGAAGGUAAUGCAGAAUCUUUGACGUUGCUUGUUUUAAUCAGUUUAAAAAUAUUCUGAAGCUAAUUCUAAAACCACUCCCUACGUUUCCCAAGUCUAGGAUUAUUUUAUUUUUAUGUUCCUGUCAAGCAGCAGAGGACACUAUUUUUUCUGGGUGAUGUGAUUUUGUUACCCUAACAGCUUGUGGCCUGAGUUAAUUUUAAGAAGUCUUCAAAUUUCAACCUAAAUAAGAACAAAACUUUGAAUGUUGAUAACGACUGUUCAAGUAGGGAGGGAGGAGAAUGUUUUUAAAAAUCUACUUUUUAUUUUAAUGAUUUAUUAUGUUUCAUAUUAAGAAUGAUUUUUUAAAAAAAUAAGCCUGUUUAUAUGAUCUUCCAGCUAACAUACUAUUGCACAUAAGAAGGUGGUGGCUGUUUUAUUAGUUGAGAAAACUCAGAGCCAUUUUUUCACCCCAGUAUUUCAUAAGGCUCUGUAUAACUAAUGUUCUAAUGCUGGCAGUUAUCUUAUAUAGACAGGCAUUCAUGCUAUGCUUGAUGUGAGAGGGAUAUGCAGUGUGGGGAGGAUGGUACAUGUGUUUCAGUGCAAGAUUACUAGUGCAACAACCUUAUCAACUGCCACAGUUCUGUCCAUUGAGGCCUUGGCGUUUAAGUUAAACAUUGGGAGUGCGGGAAUCUUAACUGUGAGGACAGUUCGGCAGUGGAGCAAACUGGUGAGCUGUGGAAUCCCUGCCUUGCAGACUUUCUUGAAAAAGCUCAAGGCAGGCUUUUCCUUCGCAGUAAAUUAAAUGUGCAACUAGGUAAACUGUGCACAAACACCGGCUCCCUCAGCCUGAAAGCGAGAUGAGCGCUGCAACCCCAUAGUCGCCUUUGACUGGAUUUAACCGUCCACGGGUCCUUUACCUUUUUUAACCAAAUGUGCAACUUAAAAAAUGCUUGAAAGAGGGGAAGACGGUUCUGUGCAACUUUGGCAUGUUGGCGCACUAGAACUCAUGUGCUUCUUAUGUAGCAGUAUGUUGGAAGAUUCAGGACUCAAAAGAAAUUUUUCCAAACUCAGGUGUGGGGUUUGUUUCCUCCCAAACAAACUUAGUGAUCAUGGUUGGUUUUAAGGGAACAAACAUGAGGCUGGGUUUGGGUGACAAGAAGUUAGAUUCUGGCUUGUUUCAUUUGGUGUGUCAGUAACAGGAAUGAAGAAUAAGCACUACAUAGAGUGUGUACCAGUGUGAAGCUCAUUUACAUUAAACCAUGGCUUAAUGUACUGUGCAAAGCAGGUCAGUGAUUAAGAGCAUGUCUGAGACUAUUAGAACCUUUGCUUAGGACUGCUGCAUUUCUACCCUGUGGAAAUUUUGGGCUAGUGCAAUCAAAAAUUCCAUAUGGAGAACAGCCCCAGUAUUUGACUGCUUCUUAAUGAAGAGGACACUGAAUGUAGACAGUACUGUGUAAAAAUGGUAUUGCUGUAUUCUUACAUCUUAAUAUUUUUAGAAAUGUUGUAUAUUCUGUGUUUUAUGAAAGUGUGCACUUCAGUACUAUGAAAGUACAUUGUAUUUAAAUGCCUAAUGCGCAAAUUGGAAGUAAAUUUUUGUUAGCAGUAGCUUAAGAGAUUGUAACUAUUAAUCAUCUAUCACGUGUGCAAUAAUGUAAUGUUGACAUGUAAUAAAUAUUGCCUUUUGCUAAACAUGGAAAA